AAGCUAAUCGCUCGAUGCUCUGGGGGACGGUGGUCAGAGGUUCAACAGGUUCAACCCGGCGCAUGGUUUGCCUCGCCCUUCAGCUUGGGUCAGCUGCUCCGGCGGCCAACACGACCACAGCGUCAGCCGAUGAAGAAAGCCAUGGUGUUUCUUCUUCCUUUGACUUUCCAACCCCACCCCCGCCGCACUUCCCCCCCUGACGACUACGAAACACCUGAGGGUGUUCUUGAUUGUGGGACAAGAACACCUCGGUCAGUCCACGCUAAUGGGAUGCAAAAGCUUGAGACAGCGGGCACCUGGUUCUGGAGCGAUCCAGCUGGUCCCUUUAAAGAUGCAAGACUGCAUCAUCGCCAAACACUAUUGUUUCUGUUUUUGGCAGUUUGGCAUCCAAGCCGACGAUGCGUCAACCUAACACCGACUACCUACCUAGUUCCAGCUGCAUAAGUGGCAUGGGGAAUUCGGCUCUUAUACAGAGCGAGUUAGUCCCGACGAUUCCCUGUGGCUGCCUGCACGCCCGCAGUCGCGCCUAACCAGCCUCACUGAUCCUACUACUCGGAGACGCGCCCUCGUUCCGCGUCGCCGGCCAGA